AUUAAAAUCUCUGAAGAAGCAUUUAUUAAAUCUAAAAGAAUAUUGAUGGAUUUAAAUGAAAAUGAUCAAGUUAUUGAAGAUAAUUUAUCUCAAAGUACCCACAGAAAAAAUGAGGGUAGCAUAGAAAAUAUAAUUAACACUCAAUUAUUGAAUAACUUUGAAGAUACUUUUUAUACUGAAGAUUUUUGUAAUUAUAUACCAAAUAAAAAGAGAUGUGGUAGCCCUAUUCUGUCGUGUCCAAGAGCUAAGAAGCCUAAAAAAUUUGAGGUGCCAUACAGUAAAUGGGAAAUCCCCGAAAUAAAACCCAAAGAAAAAGAUACUUAUGAAGAAAAUUCUUCUAUAACGUUUACAUUUGAUAAAAAUUAUAAGAAAAAUAAUAAAUUGUCUUUGAAAUCAUUAAGGAAUAUUGAGAUUAAUAAGUCUAUGGUUGAUGUAGAUCCAUAUAUUUUGACGUUUAAUUACGAUAACGUAUUAAAUUUCGAAUUUGCAAAUAAAAGAAAUGAAAUUAGCGACGUAACUUGGAAUACAGAAGAUUUGAAGAAAUAUUUUUUAUCUUUAGUUAAUAGUAAAAUAAUACCCAAUGGUUGGUUAGACAAUCAUAUGAAAUUGGUAAUUUUUAAAUUGAUUUCAUAUGAAAUGGAAUAUAGAAAGUCUAUGCAAGGAAUAUGUUCUGUUAAAAAUGUAUUAGAACAAUUAAAAUAUCGUUAUGAUAGAGAAUUGUACAGUGUAGAAAGGCCUGUGUUAAGAAAGUUGUUAGAAAAAGAUGACGUGUCUUCAAAGACAAUGGUAUUAAGAGUGGUCGCAAUUUAUGUAGACGGUGUGAUAGCAAAGAGUAUGCCUGAUACAAACAAUAUUGAACUGCUUCUAACUGAUGGUUGGUACUGCAUAAAGGCAAGUCUAGACCAGAUGUUGAUAAGACUGGUCAAAGACCAGAAGAUAAGAGUCGGCACUAAACUAGUCACAAAUGGCGCUGAAUUAUUGAAUUGUGAACAAGGAAUUGCACCAUGGGAGGAUAUUUCUUCAGUAAGGUUAAAACUCUUCGGAAAUUCAACUCGGCGCGCGCGCUGGGAUGCCAAGCUUGGCUACCACAGCGGGGCGGCCAUCUUGAGUCGGCUGUCAUGUGUCCAGCUAGAAGGCGGGAAAGUGUCAAAACUAUGCGCUCUUGUCACACGAGUGUAUCCAACGCUUUAUGUCGAAAAGUUUGAUAAUGGGAGUACAGUUACGAGAUCUGAGCGUCUGGAACAUCUGUACCAAAUGAAAUUCGAAUCUGACAGACAGACUCUUCUGGAGAAGAUUCACGAAGAAGUACAGAAAGAAUUUGUGGACGAGGAAUCUCAAGAUUCAGAAAAUGAUGUGGAUCUCAGAAAUAUGGAGACAGGCUCACAGAUACAUAGAGUAAUGAAGAGGAGUCGAGAUUCCGGGGAAUUUGUUGCAAAUCUGACAAGCACACAAUGUACUAGACUACAAAGAUAUACAGACAGACGGAGAGAGCAUAUCUUGCAGGCCCUACAUGAUAAGGUCAAUGACAGGGUGAAGGAGCAAGGUUUACAAUUAGCCAGGAAUGUUGUCCCCGUGAUGAAGAUCAGGGUUGCAGAUAUUGGUGAUGAUGGAGAGGUUUCUAAAGCGAUGAUGUCAAUAUGGCGACCAAAUGAAGCGGUAAUAGAAAUUAUAAAAGAAGGAACUUGGAUCGACGCCUUCAAUAUUGUACCCACAGCUAAAAGAUAUUCAGAAAUACAACUGUCCGCUGGGAGACAGACAGUUUUCAGUCGAUCUAACUAUAAAGUCAAUGACAAAGAUCAAAAAAUAGUCGCAAGUCUCAAAAGAACAUGCUAUACUAUUGAAAGUUUGGUCAAAAUGCCCAUAUCUGUCACAGAAUACAAUGAAGUUGAUGUAGCAGGAUUAAUAUUUUUAAUAGAGCCAUCUAUCGCUCAAUUUGAAGCAAUAAAAGGGCAACACUUCCAAAAUGUCUACUUGACAGAUACAGAUAAAAAUAUAAUUUGCGUCAAUUUUUGGGGUGGAUUAAAAAAGUACGGAUAUGAAAAUAUACUCGAUGUCGGUUUAGUUGUCGCUUGUAUGAAUCUACAGAAGAGGACGGGAAAUUCUAGAAAAGGUAUACCACAGUAUAGAGCCACUGAGUACUCUUAUUUCACAAAAACGUCUAAACAUUCCAAUGUUAGAAUAAUUAUGGACGAUUUAAACAAAAGAUUAUCUUCCAUAAAUAUUAAAGAACUCUGUGGAAGUUGUGUUGCCAUAAAGAAUAAUAAUUCAAUGCUUAAAAAUGUUGAAAAUAUUUCACCUUACAGAAUCAACUAUAGUGACUAUAAUAUAUCAAAACAUAAAGCAUUUAUUGAUUCUCCAUUGGCCCGUAAGCCUGAUCACGUUGAUGAUAUUUUGAAUCUUAGUGGCUUAGACUUUGAGUCGACUUUCAAACAAAUCGACACACAAGAUGUACCGGCUGAUUUAUUAUUAAGAAAAAAGAAAAUAAAUGAAAAAAUAGCAAAACUAAAAAUGUACGGAGAACCUCCACCUUUGAAAGCCAUUCAUAUAAUAAACAAAUCGAUAAAUGCAACAAAAGAAUUCAAGAGCCCAUUGGCUUCGAGAAAUGAUAAUUUAAAUAGUGUUGCCAGUGAGAAAUUACAUGAAAAAUCAAAUAGCAGCAUAAGUUGUACAGAAUCGACUCCCGAAAUGUGUAAUAAGCAUAUGAAAAGAAACGCAAAUCCAGUUAAAUUAAAUUUUUCUAGUAACCCUCAAGUGAUUGACGGCGGUGAAAAAGUUGAUCCGUUUGCGGAAGAAUUUGACGUCAGUCCACCUUUGAGUUUGGAUUGAGUAUUGUUUAGUUUUAAGGAUUGUACUUGCAUUUUAUUUUAUACUACACAC